AUGAAGUAUGUUGAAAAGGAUGCAGCAUUUGAAAGGAGGUUUCAACAGGUUUACAUGGCUGAACCUAGUGUGCCCGAUACUGUUAGUAUACUUAGUGGAUUAAAAGAGAGAUAUGAGGGCCAUCAUGGUGUUAGAAUUCAAGACCGUGCUAUUGUUGUUGCAGCUCAGUUGUCUAGUUGGUACAUAACGGUCGGAUGCAACAGACUACAACUGUGUUCUUAUUCACAAUUCCGUUCUUUUAUUGAGCGUCUAUCCACGAAAUAUCAUGGAGAAACUUACCAUCUGAUUGCUAAGAAUUGCAACCAUUUUACGGAUGAAGUUUGCCAAGAGUUAACUGGAAAGCCUAUCCCUGCAUGGGUAAAUCGGUUGGCCCGUGUUGGUUCUUUUUGCAAUUGUCUUCUGCCCGAAAGCCUUCAGGUUGAGGCUGUCAGACAUCAACCUGAUCAUAUUCCACAUUCUGAUGAAGAGGAAACAGAAUCUGAAGACCAUUCUGCGUCCGAUGAUAGUGAAGAGGAAGAUUCGAAUCACCAUUUGCUAGAUCCACAGAAUGGCGUUGUCUCGUUUAUGAAGGAAAAACCAGUUGCUGAAUGAAACCAUUUGCUAGAUCCACAGAAUGGCGUUGUCUCGUUUAUAAAGGAAAAACCAGUUGCUGAAUGAUUUUUUCACAUGUUAACUUAAUUGUGAUUAUUAUUAUUAAUCAAUAAUAAUUUUUAUUCUUUUUUAACUUCCUUCAAUUAUAUCUCUGCGGUAUUAGCUCGCACAGUGUGAUGAAUUUUCUCAACUGGAAUAUAUAUUUGGAGGUCCGAAAACAUGUUUUGAAUUACAAACACAACUGUAGUCUAGAUAAAGAGAAGGACAAAGCUAGCAAAGCCCGUCUUGUAGAUGUAAG